CAGCAGCAGUAGUGCCAGUCGGAUUGCCAGUAGCGGUAGCAGCACCGGCCCGUACGAAGCUUACACGCCUCUGCGUUGCCACUCGAUCGCGCGACUGCAGCAGCCAUCCAGCCGAGAGAGCUCCACAUACGACGACUGUCAGUGAGAAAGAGGGCGAGUGCCGUGCGCGUACACCCCCGCGCUCGCUCACACUCACACACACACACACCCGCAGGGGCUGCAGCGGACGACUUUGAAUGUCGGCCUCGAGGAUCACCGUCGGCAGCAGCAGCGAGGGCGUUUCGCGAGUGUCAGUUUUUUGUUGUGCCGCGACGCCGCUGUGAGAGCGAGAUAGAGAAAGCUCCGCGGCAGCUGUGCGACAAGUGCGAGGAAAAGAGAGACACGCACGCACACAGAGCGAGAGUCAGCGGUAGUGCUGGUGUAGCCAUGCGCGCCGUGACGCUGCGAGCGGCCUUCGCAGCCGGAGCGACUCGACGAAGCUGCGGACUCUUUUGAAAAGGUAUUAUGACGCCGCGGCGCACGGCCUUCCCGGUGACUCGGUGGUCGGAGGCGCAGAGCUGCAGCCGUCGCGCCGGCGGAUGAGGAGCUAGCCGGGCGCAGGUGGAGGAGCUGCCAGGUCGUAGCUCUUCUUCCCUCGUCGCGGCUCGUCCGAUGCUCAAGGACAACAAGACGAGGUACAGCGAGGUAGGCGCGGCGGCCGAGGCAGCGGCGGGCGGCGGGUCGGGCGUGGAGCCGGAUCGCAACGGGAACAGCAGCAGCAGCCACCAGCAGCUAUGUCAGUCGGUUAUAGCCGCCUCGCAGCAGCAUCAGCAUCAGCAGCAACAGCAGCAGCAGCAGGCCCUCGGCUUCGACGCGGCCGCGCCGGGCGCCGCCGUAUCCUUCUUCCCCGGCGGCGCCGCGCUCCUCGCGGCAACUGCUGCCUCCAAGGAGGCGGCGGCGGCGGCGGCGGGACAGCAGCAGCAGCAGCAGCAGCAGCAGGCCGCGAAGGAGGUGCGCUACGCCACGCCGGUCGGCUUCCCCGCGAUGGCGACGGGCGCGGCCCUGACGCCCCCGGCCGUGCAGACGGGCGUCCCGCCGCCGCCGGCGCCACCCCCGCUGCCGGCCCCGGGACAGCAGCUGCCGCUCGAGCUGCAGCAGCGCGGCUUCUCGCAGUCGAUGAGCUCGCUGCCGCCCGAGCCGUUCAUGAUCAUGCGCUCGAAGGCGCUCAACCGGCGCGUCUCCAUCAACGUCGGUGGAGUGAAGCACGAGGUGCUCUGGCGGACCCUCGAACGGCUGCCGCACACCCGACUCGGCCGCCUCCGCGACUGCAACAGCCACGAGGCCAUCGUCGAGCUCUGCGACGACUACUCGCUCAUCGACAACGAGUACUUCUUCGACCGGCACCCAAAGUCCUUCAGCUCGAUCCUCAACUUCUACCGCACCGGCAAGCUGCACAUUGUGGACGAGAUGUGCGUCCUCGCGUUCAGCGAUGACCUCGAGUACUGGGGCGUCGACGAGCUCUACCUCGAGUCCUGCUGCCAGCACAAGUACCACCAGCGCAAGGAGCACGUGCACGAGGAGAUGCGCAAGGAGGCCGAGUCCCUGCGCCAGCGCGACGAGGAGGAGUUCGGCGACGGCAAGUGCGCCCAGUGGCAGAAGUACCUCUGGGACCUCCUCGAGAAGCCCACCACCUCCAUGUUCGCCAGGGUGAUAGCUGUGAUAUCGAUCUUGUUUAUCGUGCUGUCGACGAUCGCGCUGACCCUCAACACGAUCCCGAGCAUGCAAGGCUCGGACAAGGACGGCAACAUCCAAGACAAUCCCCAGCUGGCGAUGGUCGAGGCCGUCUGCAUCACCUGGUUCACGCUCGAAUACGUGCUGCGCUUCAGCGCCUCGCCCGACAAGUGGAAGUUCUUCAAGGGCGGCCUGAACGUGAUCGACCUGCUGGCGAUAAUGCCGUACUACGUGUCGCUCUUCCUCGUCGAGACCAACAAGAACGCGACCGACCAGUUCCAGGACGUGCGCAGGGUCGUGCAGAUAUUCCGCAUAAUGAGGAUCCUCAGGAUCCUGAAGCUGGCGCGGCACUCGACCGGCCUCCAGAGCCUCGGCUUCACGCUGAGGAACUCGUACAAGGAGCUCGGCCUGCUGAUGCUCUUCCUCGCCAUGGGCGUGCUCAUAUUCUCGAGCCUGGCUUACUUCGCCGAGAAGGAGGAGCCCGGGACCAAAUUCAUAAGCAUUCCGGAGACGUUCUGGUGGGCGGGCAUUACCAUGACCACCGUUGGCUACGGCGACAUUUACCCCACUACGGCGUUGGGCAAGGUCAUCGGUAGUGUGUGUUGUAUAUGUGGUGUCCUGGUAAUCGCGUUACCCAUUCCCAUUAUCGUCAAUAAUUUCGCCGAGUUCUACAAGAACCAGAUGAGGCGGGAGAAGGCCCUCAAGAGGCGCGAGGCCCUCGAGAGGGCCAAGCGCGAGGGCAGCAUCGUCUCCUUCCACCAUAUCAACCUGAGGGACGCCUUCGCCAAGAGCAUGGACCUCAUCGACGUCAUCGUCGACACGGCUCGAAUCGCGAACGGGAUUGUCGACCGAGGUCACAACAUGUCGGGCGUCGACGGGAACAGCACCGAGGGCGAGUCGGCCUGCGGCCGGGGGCCCGCGCAGACCGGGCCCGGCUGCUACCGCAGCUACGAGCACUACGGGCCCUCUAAGCACCGGCGCAGCAACUCAUCCUGCUUCCCGAACCUGCAGAACGACCUGUCCAACACGCCCGACAGCCCGAACCGCCGGCUCCUCGACUUCGCCCAGAACAUAUCCAGCAACCAGGCCGACAACUACUACGACCAGGUGCCCGCCCAGCAGCUCAACCAGUCCAUCACCACGCCCAGCGAAGAGGACAAAAAAGAUAGAAGAAAAGGCAAGCAGGAUUCCGAGAAAUUCGAGAAAGUCGAUGAAUUUCCUAGCGAAUUCGAGUGUUGCUUUUGUACUACAAAGGAGUACAAAGAGUACAGGGACGCGGAGGACAUCAUGCCGCUGGCUACGAGCGACUUCAAGAGCACAGUCUGCCAAGAGCUGAAGUCGCUGCGCGGCGAGAGCAGCUUCGACCAGUCGACCAUAUUCAGCGAGAUGCAGCAGCUCCAGCUGAUGCAGCAGCAGUUUCAGCAGCACCAGCAGCACCAGUACCAACAGCAGCAGCUGCAACUGCAGCACCAGCAGCCGCUCAUGAUCGCGGCGCCGCCUCAGCAGCAACAGCAGCAGCAGCCGACUCAGCAACAGCAGCAACAACAGCAGACGCCCGUCGACAGCAAGAACUACAACGAGAGAGGCAGCGUCGACAGUUCGGAUACGUACGCCAGCUGUCAAACGCACCCCUUCUACUCGGAGAACGACCUGACGGAGGAGGCGGACAGCAACUUGUACGUGAACCCGCUGGAAGGGAGCGCGGACAAGGGCCGGACCUCGAGCAGCGUGAAGAAGUCGGCUUCGGGCGAGAUAGCCCACGUGGCGCUGAACGUCUCGCCGAGCGCCGAGUCCCUCAAGGAAAUUAACACGCCCGCCAAGGCCACCGGUAAAGCCAACGCCAACGAGGCGAUACCGAAGCACAGGAAGUCCCGCAUUCAACAGAGCGUGGUGCGGCCGCGCGCCCAGUUCAUAACGAGCGGCACGGACUCGUCGGGCUCGUCGACGAUUCGGGAGGACCUGGCCGGCAGCAAGGAGGACAACAACAACCAGCAGCAGUACCUCUGCACGAGCAGCGGCAGCAGCAGCAGCAUCGGCGUCGGCCUGCAGAACGUCGGGAGCGGCAGUGGUGGCAGCGGGGGUGGCGGCGGCGGCGGCAGCGGCUGCGGCAACACAGGAGGAGGCGGUGGUCUGCGGGGCGGACGCGCCUCGCACUUCGCGCCCGUCAACAGUCUAGCCUCGGCGACGCGCAUCAUAAACCACCAUCUCUUCGGGACGAUCGCUAGUUCCAAGCACAACACCGGAAAGACCGCCGGAAGUAAGCUAUCACUGUCCGCCGACUCGAUAGACAGCGAAGCAACGCCGUUCAUAGAAAGGCAGAACCGCAUUUCGAAAUCUAUAUUAAAGAAGUCCGAAAGCAGCAAUAACUAUUAUAGCAAUGCCGGUGGUGACUCGGACACCGAGAAGCUCAUUGCCUCUGACAAUACGUCCUGCACUACAGCCAUGUGCGACAACGACGGCGGGCUUACACUGAUGGGCGACGCAUUCCCGAAUGUCUACGAUCCGAGCGAGGACAAAAGUUUCAUAUCCAAGUUACCGAUGUCACUGUUCGGUGACGCGAUGGAAGAGGAGAAGCAGGCGCGCGACGAGACGACGCAGGAGAACAAGAACAAGCGCGCCUUCGAGGAGCUGCGCGCGUUGAAGCUUAAGCCUCGCUUCAAAGAGCCAACGGACCAGCAGCGCGACGCCAGCAACCAGUCGAUACUGCUGAGCUCACUGAGGCCGCAGAGGCCCUCCAAGAAGCUCACCGUCCAGAUCGACAAGCGCAACGUGCAGCAGACGCCUGCCAGACCCAGCCCAGGGCUUCCCCCGGACUACCGGCCAGCAUCGUAGUCGCCCCGAGACGAGAGUAGGAUAUAAGCGCCGCACCGCGCCCAGGCAGUGCCUGCGGACUCCGAAGGCAGGACCGAGCUUCGCGCGCGCGCACCACUCACGCUGAUACACACGUUAUGCGCUUAUUCCUCUGCGUACCUUCCCCCGGGAUCGCGUCCUUUUCCGUUUUGAGCCGAUCGAUUGAGUGACGACGCGGACGUUCGCGUUUUUCGUUCGUUGUACAUAUAAAUUCUACUGAGACGCUUGUGUUCCCUAGUUGUACAUAUUUUACUCGGUUGUCCUCUGUGUCCUAUAUAUAUAUAGAACGUUCUGAUUUGCUUUGUCGAGUGUAUUUCGGUAGUCCGUAUACUUGUCCGUAUGAGAAACGUCUGCAGCGUCGUCACUCGAUGAAGCUCGUUCUUGCGUAGUACAACACGUCGCUGGCGAUUUUUAUUAUACUUGUAAACGUAAGUCGACUUUGAAAUGCCGAGCUUUUAGAUAUCUAUGAUGACGAUGUUCGAUUUAACGUUAUAACAUUACACAUCGCUGUAAAUAAUGAGUUUUUCAACGAAUUCGCGUUUAUAUCGGAGAGUCUUAUAUUGAUUGCGUGUUGUUUAUUAUAAUUGUAAAAAUUGACGUUCUCCUAUUGUUUGAAAAAAAUUCAAUCGAUAUCGAGUGUAAAUAGACAGCUAGGAUACACACGCUUCGGUUGCGGUUUCGCGAAAUUUUCAGUAUCCGAGGUAUGGACGUUAUUUUUUGCUAAAAAAAGCUUAGGCUGAAAAAUAAAAACAUCGUGUUACAUACGUUGUAAGCUUCGUCCUCCUGCAGAGUCUUGACUUGACGCUAACUAUACUUCCAGAAAAGAGAGGUCCGUUACAUUGUGGACAGCGUUGCGUGUAAAGUGUGUAAUAUACGAAAAAAGAUAUCAAAACGAAAUGUACGAAGAGUGCACAAGUCGCGCGAGAUAUGUAGAGAAAGACAAAGACAUGCGUGUGAUAUGCGUUAUAUAAGUCUGCGAGAGAAAUUGACAAGGUAAAUGUUGAACAAAAGAUAAAAAAAAUAUGAAAAAAACGUUACAAUAAAAAAGUCUCCCCUUUAGAGAUUCACCGUAGCAUAUCCUAAAGUGCAUACCAAAUCUAGUUUGCAAUAUUCGAGAGACCUGCGGCUAGAUACCAAACAAAAAAAAUAUAUAUAUAUAUUCACUUAGAUAAUUAUGUCCCUUGUAAAAUACGUGUUAUACCGGCUCGACUGUGUUAUCGAAAAAAAAACUUCAACUUAGCUGUUAAUUAAGCCAUUACUGAGCGAGCGCAGUGAACUAGAGAAAAUUAUUCAGUUUAAGUAAUAAUUAGUGUGAUCAAAGAUAAUGUACAUUUCAGUCAGGCUUCCGAAUAUAUAAGUAAAGAAUACCCAGCAAACGCAAAUUGUAAAUCCCUCGCUAUACUGCAGUAGUGUCAAAGGGUACACACUUAUUUUUUCUAAGACGAGACGAUCAUCCGGUGUUAUGUAACGAUUCAACCUUCUAUCUGCCAUGAUUUUAAGGAGCUACUUUCAAAUCAAAUCGAAUUUUAAAUGAAAUAUCAAAUUUUAACGAAAAAUACUAUCUAUCGUCGCAUAACACGAGAUAUCAGAUACUCUGUAAAAAUAUCUAAUUGCUUGUGCAAUUUUUGGGUAGCGUCGCGCGACAUUACGCGAAGAUCGCGCGAGUAUUUUGUAUUAUAAUAUUCUAAAUGUUGUUAAAAAUCGCUGAUAGAGAAAUUAGAGAUGCAUAUAAACAAAUGUGUUUGCUGGGCAAAAAGUAUAGCGCACUGUUUUAUCGGCAUUACUGUCAUCACAUACAGCAUAUUAUUAUGUACACGCGCCCUACGUAUAGCUAUACCAAUUAAAAUUUAAGCUGCGAGUAGACAAUUUUAUCCCCCGUUGAUUCGACCUUGCGUUUACUUUGGCAUUUGUUUUACACCGGUGGCUUCUCUAUGAUAUAAUAUAAACGACUAAAUCCGUAGCACGAUAUUAAUAUAAAAAAAAUAUAUAUAUAUAUAUAUAUGAAUACAUAGUAAGAUAAAGCGCAAUGUCUGUAAUUUUUCGUCAAAGUACGUAGUUUUGUACGUCGCGAUCACAAAUUUUUAGCCAUAUUGUCGCCUAAGGUGAAAAUAUAAUACAUAUAUAUAUAUAUAUUAGCGAAAGGAAACUCGCAGGCUUUCUUUCGUUUCACUGGAUAACAGAAGCUACAAAAUGACCUGACAGGUGAAAUCGAAAGAAAAUUGAAACGACGGCUGAAUAUUCGAGUCCAGUAUUUGCUUAAAAUCGUUAGGUAUUAGAUUUAAGAGGCAACGUAUAUAAUCAUUGAUUUUUCCGUUGCAUCUAUCUAUAUGCUGUUGAAAAAAUCGACUGUUUUACCCGUUUUUGUUCCUCAUGAAAUUUUAAUUACUCGAGUGAAUGUUAUGAAAAUUUUUAAAGCUCGUAAGAUUUGUAUGACAUUACAAUUGAAAUAAUAUUUACGAAAAUAUUGGGACUUUUACCAUUUUUGUAACUAUAUAUAAAUAUCGAUAUCGAAAAUUAAUUCAGAUCCCGGAAGUACAUUGAUAUAAGUAUAUACUACUCUCGUUUUAAAGCGUAAAUAAAUUUCAAUAUCUAUACUUAUACAUAAACAGUAAGGUCACUCACAAAAUAAAUAUGUACAGUUUUAAAAAAUUUCUUUCAAUUUUACGAAAUUUUAAUAUGCGGUAUAAGUAUAUCUUUAACAAGUUUUCGUUCAUAGAAACAUAGCAAAAAGCUUCAACUUCAACUAAAUUAAUAGCAUAUGAAUAUUCAAAUUUUAAAAGCUACGUAUUAAACAACGUAUAGAAUACAUUUCGAAAUAUAUUUCGAGCGAUUACUGGACUCCGAAAUAAAGAGUUAUGUUUCGAAGCCUGAUUUACGUAUGGCUGUGUUAUUAUCGCGAAUAUAUACAUAUAUAAAUAAAGAACUAAAAAAUAAAAUAUGAAUAAAUAAAUUUACAUAUAUAUAUAUAUAUAUAUAUAUAUAUAUAUAUAUAAUACGGCAUACGCGAUCUCAAGAGUGCGAAAAUGUAAAGUGUAAUGUAUAGAGAGUUGUAACGGUGAAGUGUGAAGAAAGGAAUGAGAUGUAGAAAAAUAUGUUUCUCGCCCUGCCUCUGCCUCUGCGAUGCUCACUCGACGACUCGGUCGACUGAGUAUGACGAUGGAGAGAAAAGCGUGCGCGCCUCGUUUGUAUAAAAAAUAUAUAAAUAUAUAUAUAUAAACAUAAAUUCGCAAUUUAAUUUUGUGCCUCGUGUAUGUGUGCUCGCGCGUGCCCCCAGGCCGGAUGUUUUUUCGUAAAAAAUAUAAAAGACAUAAAACAAAUCUAAUAUAACGUUAUAUUAAAUAAGACACGUAUAGAAAAAUAAUAAUAAAUAAAUAAACGACACUCGCAGCGCGUUGCAGAGAAGCGAUAUGUGAUAUGUUACUGUCGCCGAUCAUCCGCCUAAAAAUAAUUAAUUGACAUGAUGUUUAAAAAGCCACAUUGCGUAGCAGCGUCUCGAUUGUUGUUCAUGAAAAUAGAGGUCGAUUUACGCAAGUGAUCGAGAGCGAAAAUUAAUGCAAACUAGAAAGUUUGAAAGAUUAUAUACUUGGCUUUGACAUAUUUUGUACGUUCGUAUAUGGGUCGAGUAUAUUAUCGUAACGUAAAAAUAGCUUUAGUUACACGCGAGUUUUUCGUUACCCAGACAUUUAGGCGUAUAUUGGCAAUCAAAUUUCAUGCAGAGAUAACGCGUAUAUUGUUGUGCGAAUGUUAAAAUUAAGAUACUUAAAUUAGCGGAGUUGUAACUCGACUAAAGAGGUUUCGUAACUACUGAAGAUACGUAAUCGCAAUCUUAAAAUUUUUAAUAUUUAGAUUAUCAUGAUAUGGAAGUUAUAGUGUACGUAAUAAUUUAUAAAAUAAAUUAAACACAAUCGCGUAUGAAAAUCUUUAUAGCUAUGCAAUGUGAAAACACAGUUUUUACAGCUGUAAUAUAAGUUUAAUAUAAACUGAAAGUAUAUAAGACAAGAAUUUUCAUACUUUGUAUUUGUAAAAUAUUUUAUAUGAACAUAGAUUUCUUUUAAUCGUUAACUAUUAACUCUGUAACUGAGAGAAGAAUUGUACAAUAUCAUUUCUCAUUAGUGUGCGAGGAAUUUCUGCUUUGAAAUCGAUAUGAUAGUCACAGAAAGAUGUAUUAUUAAAACGUACGUAAACUUUUCGGAUUAUCUAGUUUGCAAUAAUUUCUCAUCUCCGCAUAGAUGCACAGUGGCCGGCAUUUAUGUGUCGUUGAUUUUAAAAAAAAUGCUCCAUUUUUGUUCGUAUCUCAGUCUACGAGUUGAAGUAGUUAUUCCCUAGAAGCGCGACGAUUCGUCGAUGAGUGUUUUCCGCAGUAGUGCUACGUUAAAUAAGCAAAAGAAAAUACGUGACGUUUAUAUAGUCGUAACGAGUGUUUUCAGGGAGGCUGCGACGAAUUUUUUACUGCGACGUGAAAUGGACUGUGAAACGUUGAAAGUAUAUUAUAAACUUGACGGUUCGAACCCUCGGACAAAUUUGCCGUGUUCAAACCAAAUUGAUCUUAUUGACCCUUUUUUAAAGUCCUAUACUUUACAAGCGUGAUUAAUCAGACUCGAAGACUGCAGCAAAUGUUUUACAAUUUCAUAAUACAAUCCACCGUAUGAAUCGAUUCCAACUUGAACAACAGCGUCUGUUUUUGUUUUGCUGCAACUUUUCCGAGGGUAUGUCAAAUAUACAAUUAAGUUCAUUCAAUUACAUGGAACAGUUUACGAUUAAGGAAUUCGAACCAGCCUUCCAAAAACCAGAAAAAAAACAUCGAUACGAAUACAAGAUUAACGAAUUAACGUACGUGAUAAAAGUAAAAUACGUCGAUGUUAAAUAUCCACGUUAUGAUGGUUGUUGAGAUUUGCAUUCCUUUCUUUUUUUUUAUUGCAUCACAUGUAAUCAUAAAACAAUGCUAAUUCUUUACGAAGCUGCGGACGUGAAUCGUUAACGUCGUACUGCAUUACAUUAUAAUACUGUUGAUAGAUUUCAAGACUCGUGUUUUGAGAAGUGACAAAAAAUAUGUAUGAUUACAAGAUUCUGCUCACGUGUUCAUGUAUGAAUAUUAAGAUGUAACGAUGAUUACAAUGAUGAUUAAUCAUCAUCGUUGUACACAACUAUACAACCUACUUUAGAGCCUACCAUACACAAUCGUAAUUAAGGAUAAACCGAUUUUAAUCGAGUCUCGUAUAAACUGCAUAAGGGACACGGGCACUCUUUACCGAAAAGCUUCCUUUUUGUAUUUUAUCUGCUAAAGGGCUUGAACUAACGAUCGUUAGCUUAUCAUGAACUUCUCGUACAAGCAUCAAUCAAUAGUAUUAUAAUCUAUGCUAUAAAUAUUCAUGUUUAGAUAGAUACAGCGCGUACUUCGAUGCUCAAUCAUUUAUUUAUGCAGCAUUCUUGUUAAUAGAUACAUAAACGCUCAAAUCUAGAUCGAUCGACAUACUCUUCUCAUUGCCAUUAUGGAAACAGAAAAUUUUCUAUGGCUUCCGCCAGUAGGUAUACGCUACUAACAGCUAUGAGUAUGAAAACGACAUAAAAUCAGUUCCUCGAUAUAAUAACAUAACUACCGGUAAAGUAUAAGUGCAACACGUAUGUAGCUCAAUCAAAACACUACUUUUUCUUCUAUUAUAGUCUCUUAUGUAAAUACGGGAUUUCUAAGAAAAAUCAGCUGCUUAUUCAACAUAAAUUUAUUUCCAAAUAUAAUUUUUUGUUCGGACCAUUUACGAUGAUAGAAGCUUCUACACAUCCACUUGCACAAAUCGAAGCCACUCUAAUCGAGACUACGGGACAUAAACGCGAGGUUAAUUAUGCCAAGGAGUGCCCGUUUCCGCGCGCAAACUCGAAUAACGGACGAGUGCAAUGAAAUCCCCGCGCCGUCGCGUAUUCGCGUCUGUUAUCUCUCCACCCGUUCACGUCGAUACACGCGCAUGCAUACACACAUCGGUUCCAAAACACGCCGCAUUCCGAACAAAGUUCGUGUGCGCGAAAUUCAUCCCCUGUCCUGUAUACCUGCUGUACACGCUGUCUCUCUUCCUAUGCCACCGCGUCGCCCACACACAUACACGACUAACGAAGAGAAAAACAGAUGUAAAAAAGAAGAGCCACGCUACGUUGCCACCGACUAAACGAGUCAAUUGAACCGAGUUCUGCCGUGCGUGCAUUGACAACAGAAAACAAAUGUACGAGUAUCUUCAGUGUACUCGCACCGUUACACACACACACACACACCCACACGCAAACUUCUUCUGUUGAUUUUGACUGGAGCCUAUUUUUUCAGUGCGAUAACUGCGUAUAACUUAUAUAAGCGUAUAAGCGCGAGGAAUCAUGCGCGCGUGUAUUUAUUAUUGCAAAAGCGCGACGAGCGAAACGUGAUUUCGACGAUGUUGUAUCGUGAUGCAAGCAUAUAGAGAAGAGUGUGUGACUCACUCCGUUAUUUGGGGAUUUCAGAAUCGAUCUAAAUUUAUAAGCGCAAAUUUAUAGAGGCUUUACAUCGUUGUGUUUCGUAUAUAGGAAAACGUUACGAGCGUAUCGUCCGCGUGAAAUUUCUCUCUCUUGAAUUGUUUCUUUGCGUAGCUUCCUUUUCGAAAAUACUUAGCUCUCUUUCUCUCGAGGUACGGAGUUCUUUUAGCGGCAGAAUUCGUAUUGUAUCGUUUAGAAAAAAAGUAGGUAAAAUUGUAUAUUUUUAUAUGCUGAUAGCGACCUUACGUUGCAGGAGUCGAGAGGUUUCACGCGUUUCGAGCGAAUUUCGAAAAGCGAAGGAGACGGAGAGAGAAUAUUCUUAGUUGAUGAAAAAAAGUGAAGGCGCGACAUAUAGGCAGGGUAAUUAAUAAAAGUGACUAGAGAAAAAAACUAUACUGUUCAACGGAAAGGUACUAAACGAAGUCCUUUUUUGCCGAAGCUUUUACGCCGCGCGAGUCGCGGACCUAUUUGAAAUGCGCGCUGUAUUCGCGAGAAAGACCCUAAAAAAAAUACGUCGGCGGGGCCGUCGACGCGGGACAUACAUAUAUGGCGUGUCCCGCUCUGUGCGUAGCGCAUAAGUUUUUUAUUUUUGCAAAGUGACCGUAUGAGUUUUUUAAACAAAUAUAAUAUAUGGAGAGAGAGAGAGAGAGAGAGAGAGAGAGAGAGAGAGAGAGAGGCGGGCGUUUUAAGUGUGGGAGAACAAAAAAAAACGUUAGCGCUUUUACGCGCCGUACCUGAGGAAAAAAAUACUAAAUAUGCGACUUGUUUUACCUUGUAUGUUGUUUAUAGUGUACGACACCGUGUUGUAUCAUGUAUAAUUUUCUAUUUGUUUGUAAAUGAUGUUUUUUAAAUGCGAUAUAUCAAUUUCGACGACUCAUUGAUACGCGACUUGUUUGGUAUCUCGGGGACAUUGUAACGAGUAUACCUGCAUCUCGAUCGGUACCAGUAAUUUCGAAAUAAAUUCGUGCUCGAAAACAAUGAA